AUGUCGACACCUGAGCCCGCAGAGGGUUCUCAGAAUACCUCGAUCUUGAAUUUGACCAAAAAGUUCAGACAUCUUGGACGUCUUCCCUCCAGCUGGAUCAAAGCAACAGAUGAUCGAACACCCCCAGAACAAUCCUACCUGUGCGACACUUGCCUCCGUCUAGAUUUGAACAUCGAGUCAUUCUACGUCCAAGACGAUAACCGCGAAUUUGAAAGAACUCAUAAGCCUCGAUAUUUGGGCAGGCUGUCCCAGAUCCGCCAUAAAACUCAUUGCCCUCAUUGUCGCCUGGUGCUUGAGAUAGCCGAUCGUCCUUCCGAUCAACGCAACCCGAGUUUACACGCCGACGAUGAUCCGCUGUGCUACGCACGGUGGGUGGUGGAUGGACAGGAAGAUCUAGGGCCUGACCCUCAUCGCCCGGGGGAACAUAUCUUCAGGCCUAAGACACGACGGCUACUGAUAUAUAGUGACCCUCAAGCAUUUAAAGAUGGAUACAUAGUCCUCCUUGCGGACGACGCCCCCAGCCGAGAAUUCUUUGGGCGCAGAAUCGUCUCGCCUGAUCUGCUCGAUCCUCAACAACUUCGUCAGUGGCUGCACGACUGCGAAACCCACCAUGGCCUGGAAUGUGAAGAGUCACUGGUACAUCCCGAUCUCUUGGGCCAGCCGAAAGAUGUCUUUCGUGCGAUCGAUGUGGACAAGAUGUGUAUUGUUGAGGCUCCCCAGUCAUCCCGCUAUGUCGCACUGAGUUAUCUCUGGGGUAAGAACUUCGCCCAGCUGUUUACGACCUCUAAGAACCUCCCUAAAUUGUCACAACCGGGUGCACUCGAGAAGGAAAAGCUUCCUCGGACGAUCAAAGACGCCAUUAAGCUCACCAAAAUGCUACAAGAGAAGUAUCUGUGGACGGACAGUCUGGCACUGCUGCACGAUGACGGAUUUCAAUAUCACGACGACUGGGUGUAUGCCAGGGCCGCUCUGACCGUGGUUGCGGGUUCGGGUAAAGACGCGAAUGCUGGUCUCCCAGGAGUGAGGAAAGAAUCUCGAACAUUCCAUCAGGAGAUAGAAGAGGUCAAACCUGGCAUGCGGCUAAUGGUGUGUCAUCUUGCUGAAGAUUACAUUUCGACCUCUCAAUGGGAUUCUCGUGCCUGGACUUUCCAGGAGAGAAUGCUUUCGAGGCGGUGUCUGUUGUUCGUCAAUGGGCGGAUAUACUACCAAUGUCGGCGGACCACGUUCUGCGAAGAUAUGGAGAUGCCACGGUCUAAUGGCUGGUCCUUGGACUCGAUCGACAUGCCAACCAGAAUAUUCCGGGAGAAACCCUUUGUUCAGUUCACAUCGGCGGUGGAGCUAUAUACCCGGCGAGAGUUGACGAAUCCCAACGACAUCCUGAAUGCCUUCGAAGGGGUGCAACUGGUGUUGGAAAAACGAAUAGGAGAUAGAAUAUUCUAUGGGGCAUUGGAGACAAUGUUGGACCCGUCGUUGCUGUGGGAGUCGACGAAAAGGCUGUUUCGACGGCCGGGCUUCCCAAGUUGGUCGUGGUCAGGUUGGGUGGGAGAAAUACAAUGGAAAUACACCGAAGUGGCUCGCUCGUGGAUUGAAUGGCAUGCGGACCAGGCAAUCGGCAUCCAUACAUUCCCCAAACAAGCCUACGAACGGAUACAGCCCCCUAUACCCCGUCCCCAAUACCUUGGUCCGAUGUCACACCACAACCUGAGCACCAUGCUUCCUCUAUUACACUUUCGAACUGUCACAGUGCAGUUCAAACUUACCUCGCCGGCACUUAUUCACAAAUCAGUAAUUUCACCCUUGCGAAAGAGGCUUACGGGGCCCAGCGCUUUGUCGACCGUGCGACCUGCUCCUGCAGACCCUGGACUGAUCAGGGCAGGGAUUGCGGAUCGGAACGGAUUAUGGUGUGGCACUAUUGACCUUGAUGUGGCUUGGAUGCCACGUGUUGGAACACCCCUAGAUUUCUUGGUUAUGUCUAGGGUAAGUCAUUUCACCGACGAUGAAUUAGCUAUCUGGGAAGGCACAUUACCGGAUGAUGUGGAGGACCUGUUGGCACGACGAAACUAUGGCGUUUAUGUGGUUAUGCUGGUUUCCCGGAAAGACGGUAUAUAUUACCGUGAAGGGCUGGGACGGAUAUUGACAGAGGCCUUGGACAGGGCUCUCGAACCGGGGCCAAAAUGGCAGGAUAUAGUACUUGGUUGA